AUGGCUUCUGCGGUGAGCCUGGGUAAAGAAACAGUGUUGGAAGAUGGAAUGCCUCCUGCAAAACAGCCCAGGAAGCUGUUGCCAAGCCUCAAAACCAAGAAGCCUCAGGAACUUGUGUUGGUGAUUGGGACAGGAGUCAGUGCAGCAGUUGCUCCCCAGGUUCCAGCGCUGAAAUCUUGGAAGGGGUUAAUCCAGGCCCUCCUGGAUGCUGCUAUUGACUUUGAUCUCCUGGAAGAUGAAGAGAGUAAAAGGUUUCAAAAGUGUCUCCAUGAAGACAAGAACUUCAUUCACGUUGCCCACGACCUUAUCCAGAAGCUGUCUCCGCACACAAGCAAUGUUCGCUCAACCUUUUUCAAAGACUGUUUAUACGAGGUGUUUGAUGACCUGGAGUCUAAAAUGGAAGAUUCUGGGAAGCAGCUGCUUCAGUCUGUGCUUCACUUAAUGGAAAACGGGGCACUUGUCUUAACCACAAACUUUGAUAACCUGCUGGAACUGUACGCAGCACACCAGGGGAAGCAUCUGGAGUCUCUUGACCUCACUGAUGAAAAGAAGGUGCUGGAGUGGGCGCAAGAGAAGAGGAAGCUUAGCGUCCUGCAUAUCCACGGCAUUUACACCAACCCCAGCGGCAUAGUCCUCCACCUGGCCGGCUACCAGAACGUGCUGCGCAACACGCAGGUCAUGCGAGAGAUUCAGAAGCUGUACGAGAAUAAGUCAUUCCUGUUCUUGGGCUGUGGUGGGACUGUUGAUGACACCACGUUUCAGGCCCUGUUUUUAGAGGCUGUCAAGCACAAGUCAGACCUGGAGCACUUCAUGCUCGUACGGAGGGGAGAUGUGGAUGAGUUCAAGAAGCUCCGUGAGAACAUGCUGGACAAAGGGAUUAAAGUGAUUUCCUACGGAGAUGAAUACGCAGAUUUGCCUGAGUACUUUGAGAGGCUGACGAGCGAGAUCACCAUGCAGGGUUGAACAGAUGCGCCUAAGGAGGGAAAACAGCUGAACAGCUCUGCUGCUGCCCAUUCUCUUUUACUAGCAAACAAUACUGAGGCCAGCAGGCAGGAGACAGAGGGGCACACUGCCUUCACUCUCCAACCAUGAUCAGCACUAUUGGACCAAGCUGUCACAGCUCUCCAGCUCCUGCCCAAAUACAUGGGGUCGUGGUGGAACUGCCGCUAG